UCAUUUUUCUUGUUCACACUCUGAAACAAACAUUUUUCACCACAAAACCACGUUUUCAGCGACACACUUCAGAAAAAUGUGCGCAAGAUCGCCUCUGUCAUCCCCGAAAUCAAUAAUUCUGUCCACAUGCUUCCGUUGCUCAAAAUUUCACUAAUUUCCACUAGAAAUAGAGUGAAUUCCCCCCCAGUGGUUGCACUUCCGCAGACAUUUUGGCGCCACUAUGUCUCGAUGACGUCACGCCGAGGAGGUAAAACCAAAUGAGUAUCGUUAUAAUAGGACUUUUUUUCAUCUUCUUGGGGUUCGCUUUAGCUGCCAUAAUUGUCUGCUGCUUCUUUUGGUACAUUUGUUGCAACGCUAUGAUAAACGCGUGGACGGCUUAUAGACGACGAGAGGGCCGAUCGUUGGUACCCAGUGCUCGACCACCCAGCAGUCGAGCACCCAGUGGUCGAGCCCAUGACCACGCUUUGAGGGACAUUUUUCCGCUGAGGAACCCCGCAGGCAGUUUUUCGCAUGGCAGCAGCACCUCGCGCUCCCCCCAGCCCACCCCGCCGCCCGAUUACAAUACCAUCGAAUUCUACCCGCAAGAAAACGACUCUUUGCCGACGUACGAAGAAGCACUGGCUAGUGAAAAAUGAAGAAUUUUCUUCUCUCGCUUUGUUGAGCAGGCUGUGAAUAAAAUAUGUUUUUGUUUGUUAGCUGUCAAGG